GUCAAAUUGUCUCAAGAUUUCGGGUUUAUCUUAAGGUUAGCAUAAUUUAUGUCAAAUUAUGAUUUUCCUUAGUAUCCGGAUGUCUUAUGAUUUUGGGAUUUAGGCUAGUCGAAUUGGGAGAGGCGCAUGGACAAAGUCUUUGUAGGGGUGCUUUUCGAGGACGUCAUAUAAUUUUCUGCACAUAGAGUGAAACCUCCCAAAAACAUGUGAAAAGCCCAGGAUAAGAGGACUCACAGCCGAAGAUGGCAAUAAAGGAUAUAGCCCGCUUGUCAAGGCAACACCGCACAAUCUACUGUUACCUAAUUUUAAGUAUUUGGAUAUUCUUGUUGAUCGCUGGGAUGUACAAGUACAUCGGAACGACUUUCCACAUCCAGAACUAUGGUGGCGGCAGAAACUUCUACGGUAGCCCUCAAGGGCUCAGUGAGAAGAGUCUUGGGCAAGGGAAAAAGUACGUCCAAGAGUGCAACAGCCCGAGUGGAAUUGCUGUGGAGAUGGAGGGUGGCUCUCUGGAGGGAUGGUCUCUGGCAGGGGUGCUGCUCCUUAUCAGGCACGGUGACAGGGGUCCAAUGGAGCACGUCCGCGGAAUUAACACCAUCAACUGCGGAUUCGACGAAUCUCUGCCUCUGCUUCAUCGCUACAAGGCUUUCAUCGCGAACUCCACGAUCAGCGCAUCUUUCAGUCACUCCGUGUGGCUAAAGAGUGGUCCUUUCCACGGAUUCCCGCUGCUCCCGCCGCUGGAGAGAGUGUGCCUGCUUGGCCAACUGACGUACAGAGGUUUGGCGCAACACUUGAAGAUUGGCGAGAUCAUGAGACAAGCUUAUGCCGGACCUCUGGGCCUGUUGCAGCGCCAGCAAACUGUUCCUGCUACGAGAAUUCUGACCAAUUCGUCUCUGGAUGGAAAGAAUGCCGCCAACGGCCUUCCUCCGCCGGAAACUGAUGUUAUUGUGUACUCCACGCGAUAUCGGCGGACUUUCCAAUCCGCCAUGGCUCUUCUGUAUGCCCUUCUUCCCUUGGAACGUUGGAUGGGCCUGACAAUCAGGGAGAGUCACUCUCUGUCUUUCUGCUUCACGGACUGUGCGUGUCAGAGGGCGGAUCAGCUGAAGAACCAGGCGACCAAGGAGGAAACGGCAGCUCUGCACCAACAUCCAGCCAUUUCUGCCGUAGUUCACUGGAUUGGGCUAUCUCUGCUGCAGAAUCCCUCAGUGCAGAUCAAUCCGCUGGAAGUAAGGGAUGCCGUGCUGGCGCUCAUUUGUCACGAUGCCCCGCUGCCGUGCCGGAAGGCACGAGAACACCCCGUGAGGAACACUCCGGUCCUGCCCACCACACCGGACAACAGUGAUGUGAUCAACAUUGACCAGGAAGACGGACAGACCUCGGUGAAGGACAACACGAACGAGGUGGAGGACGUGGAGCCGGAAAUUGAGCCUGAAGGUUGCAUUGAGGAAUCUCACGUUGAGGCGCUGAUAUCCUUCACCAACUGGCAGGGCGCUAAGAAGAACAGGAAUCCGAGCAAUCGCAAAGUCGGUCUUCUGCGCGCCUACGGACUCAUUCGCAACAUCGUGGGCAACAUGCUGAAGAUGAUUUCCGGGGAGAAGAUCAAGUUCGUGCUGUACUCUGGCCACGACAGAACUCUGCAGUAUCUCACGGCCGCUCUGGGACUCCAGGCGCAAUCCUUCUUCAUUCCCUAUGCCGCCAGGAUGGCCUUUGAGGUGUACAAGAGCGACAACGAGGCUCAGUUCUACUUCAGGGUCGUGUACAAUGGCAAGGAUGUGACCAAUGGCAUUUCCUUUUGCGAGGGCGGACGGAGUCUCAGAGUGAGUCGCGGCAUUCGCGGCGUGAAGGCGGACUUGUGCCCCAUUGAGAACAUCAUCAGAUUCAUCCACGAUGACUACUUUGUUUCCCUGAAUGCCACAAACUACAAAGACGCGUGCAGCGUGCACCACAAGAAUUAUGACUUCUGAGCAUUUGCCACGUCCGGAACAUCCUGUCUUGUAUUUAGUUCAAAGGAAAAUGUUAUUGUGAUAUAGAAUGAUCUCAUAUCCCUCUCUAUAAUAAAUUAUUUAUCAUGUAUAAAGAAGAAAUUGAUUUUGAGUACCAUUUGCGUACAAUAUGAGAUUAAUUUUACACUUAGCGUAUACUUCGUGAGUACAACACAUGUGUGGGUUGUAUGAGACUCGUCGGUGAGAUUUGUUCGGUAUCGCUUCUCGGCCUAACGGCUAAGAUCAAAGUGUAGUAUCUGUUCUUAUUAGUUUAACACCUAAUAGAUCCCUCAUAGAGGGACAAUGUUGUUAAAUUGAUUUUUGGAAGCCGGCGAAGUGCUAGGAGCUUGCUCCACCUUUGCCACGGGUUGGCCUGGUAUUGCAGUACCGCCAGGAUCGGCCCACUUAUAAA